AUGACUGGUAUGGUUUGCCCUAGUGGCAUUGGUGUGACCACUCCGGUGGCUCCCAUUGUUGGGACAACCGAUCCCAUGACUAGUCGUGUGACUUCUGUGGUUUUGGGAGAAAAACAAGAGAAAUUCAGUGAAGAGUGUCAUGCCAUAAGUGCAGAUGAGUCGGAUCCUUCGACUGUUGUUGCUGUGCAAGCACGGACGUUUGGAGACUAUAUAUGCAAAAACCAUGUCCUCAAUGGAAUGGUGAACUCACUCUAUGGUGAGUAUUGCAAAAUACCCAUCGCUAAGAAAUUGUGGAAAGCUCUUCACAAGAAGUACAAGAUUGAGGAUGCUGGCACCAAGAAAUUUGUGGUGAGUCGGUUUCUUGACUUCAAGAUGGUAGACUCAAGGCCUGUCAUUGCACAAGUGGAAGAGUUCCAACUUCUCCUACAUGAGAUUGAAGCAGAAGGAAUGAAUAUAAGUGUGGCUUUCCAAGUAGCAACGGCGAUAGAGAAAUUACCUCCUGGGUGGAGUGACUGCAAGAAUCGCUUGAAGAACAAGCGCAAGGAGAUGAAUAUGGAGGAUUUGAGCCUUCAUAUGAGGAUUGAAGAGGACAAUGUGAAUAAAAGUGGUAAACUUCCAAGGGUGCCCAAGGCAAAUGUGGUAGAAACUUCCAAGCCCAAGUUUGAUGGGAAAAGGAAACGAGACCACCAAGCCAAGGCAAGCAGUCACAAAACUAAAGACUAUAGAAAGCGCCCCGACAAGGACAAGGACAAGGACAAGGGCAAGGGAAAACUUGCCAAGCAAGCUCAUUUGACCGAGCAAGAAGGUGAAGAAGAUGAUGAGAUACUGGUUGUUGUGGUCUCCCAGGUGAAUUUGGUGGCAAAUACUAAAGAUUGGAAUGUGGACACAGGUGCAACUGCUCACAUUUGCACCAACAAGAAUCUCUUCGCCUCCUAUGAAAACAAGAAUGAUGGAGAGAAGAUCUACAUGGCUAAUUCUGAUACCGCCACUGUAGAGGGAAUGGGUAAGGUGAUCCUGAAGUUCACAUCCAGGAAAUAG